CUGCAGUGCAGACGCUUCGGCAUGACAGCUGACUGAGAUAUAGAAUAAUGCUAUUAGGAUAUAUCCUGUAAUAGUGUCAAGGACGGAUACUACGUGAUCUAUCACAUGCUUGAAGAUGUCUGCAACACAACAAAUCAAAGUAAAGUGGAUUGAACACUUUAACUCCAGUUGGGUGUCAGAGGAUUGUGAAUCUAUUACAACAGAAGAAGGUUUACGAGAACUUUACACAAGGUUAGAAUCAAACAAAGAAGUUCAACCAGUUUCACAACAAGCCAUACACCUUAGAGGACCCACACUUCCUGAUUUCGAGAGAGAUGCAUUUUCUCUGGAUGAACAAGAACAUCUGUUGAAUACACUUCGAUCAAGUCAGCUUUUUUUAGCUGAAGUUGUUUGUAGUAACACACCAUUUGCACAGAAACUCCAGCAGAGACUGGUCAUCCUACAGAGAGUAUAUCAUGCAGUAUCCAGUAAAUAUCAUGAUAGACAAGGGCUCAAGCCUUGUAAACAAUCUGAUUCUGGAGACCAGAAUUGCAAUGAAUCUAGAAAUCCAUCACUUAGGUUUGUGACGGGUAAUGAAGCUCUUAUUGAAAUGGGAGUGAAAACUGGUCUUAGUUUGUUGUUUUCAUUGUUGAGACAGAACUGGAAUCUUGCAGGACAAUCUGGUCAGCUUUCAUUUUGUAAUGAUGUCCUUCAAACAGCUGUAGACAUUGUAACAUCACUCCCGCCUUUGUCUCUAGCAAAUGAGACAAAACUGACUCCUUUAGGUGUUGACUCCUUGAAUCAAGUGACAAGGUUUCUGUGUUCUGCUGCCAGUCCCUCCUCAGGGGCAGAUAACUGUGGUCAGAGACUUGCAUCGGAAUUAAUGCUAUUGUUAGCCGCUCAAAGGGGCUCACUUCGGUAUCUCUUGGAAUGGAUUGAACUGACUCUUCAAGUGUCAUCUGCAGCUCAGAUUGAGCAGAAACGAGGGAACCAGGGCAAACAUGGCUUGAUUUCAUGGACAUUCUUUGAGACAACCCUUCAACAGAUGAAGAAUUCAGCUGGAGGUCCCACAAAUUUUGAAAGGAAAACAAAGCCUGAUCGAGAUGAAGCUGGCCUCACUGCUAUGUAUGAAGCUGGUCUUCUAUUACUGGAGGAGUUGCAACAACUCGCUGAGGAAUAUGCCAAUAGCAGUGCUGGACCUGAUGAAAAUAGGAACAGCCCUGCUAACAAUGCCUUGACUGGAUCCGCCAUCUCUCCCCAGCCGUGUGAUGUGUAUGUGUGGGGCAGCAACAGUAGCCACCAGCUGGCAGAGGGCAGUCAGGAGAAGAUACUCACACCCAAACAGGCCUCAUCAUUCAGUAACUGUCAGCAGAUUGAAGCUGGGCAGUUUUGCACAUUUUUGAUCCACAAUGAUGGGUCAGUGAGUGCUUGUGGGAAAGGAAGCUAUGGCAGGCUUGGAUUGGGCGAUUCUAACAACCAGGCCCAGCCUAAGAAGCUCAGCUUUGAGCCAAAGAGAAGGAUGAAGAAAAUCUCCUCCUCCAAGGGAUCUGAUGGUCACACACUUGCUCUGUCUGUUGAAGGGGAAGUGUUUAGCUGGGGAGAUGGUGAUUAUGGAAAGCUUGGCAAUGGAAAUAAUUCUACGCAGAAGAGUCCAAAGAUUGUGCAAGGACCAUUGACUGGAAAGGUGGUGAAGUGUGUGUCAGCUGGCUACAGACACAGCGCUGCUGUCACGGAAGAUGGAGAGCUGUACACAUGGGGUGAAGGAGACUAUGGAAGGCUUGGACAUGGAGACAGUUCUAGCCGGAGUUUGCCGCGCCAUGUGAAGGACAUAUCAGGUGUUGGUCAGGUUGCCUGUGGCAGCUCUCACACUAUAGCUGUUUCACAGGAUGGAAAGACUGUCUGGUCAUUUGGAGGAGGUGAUAAUGGCAAACUUGGCCAUGGAGAUAUGAAUCGUCAGUAUAAACCUAAAGUGAUUGAAGCUUUUAUUGGGAUGUACAUCAGGAAGGUUGCUUGUGGCAGUCAGUCCUCCCUAGCUCUCACAUCUACAGGACAGGUAUAUGCCUGGGGUAGUGGGUCGUGCCUGAGCUGUGGCCUGUCGGAGUUCACAGCACUACGCCCUCAUCUGAUCGAGGACCUCCAGAAUAUCAGGGUGGUGGACAUUUGUUCAGGAGACAGUCACUGCUUAGCACUUACUCAUGAUAAUGAAGUGUAUGCCUGGGGUAAUAAUGCCAUGGGUCAGUGUGGCCAGGGACAUGCCCAGAGUCCCAUCACUCGGCCCCGAAAGGUGAUAGGAGUGGAGGGUGUGUCCAUACAGCAGAUCUCGGCUGGCACCUCUCACAGUAUAGCAUGGACAGCACUUCCACUCGACAGACAUGUCAUUGCUUGGCAUCGUCCAUUCUGCAUCGACCUGCAGGAGCACACCUUCAUGCUACUGAGAACAUUCCUGGAGAGAUACUGUGAUGGCUUUGACAGUGUAGAACCUCCUGCUCCAUUCCCAAGCAAAGAGGAACACCAUCACUUUGUGUUGAUGUGUUUGAAGCUGCUCAGCUCUCAUUUGUCUCUGGCUCUGGCUGGAGGACUUGGCUCUGACAUACUCGGUCGGGAGACACGUCCUCUCCGCAAUCUUCUUUUCCGGCUCAUGGAUACAAGCACACCAGAUCUUGUACAGGAGGCGGUGUCAGAAACAUUGUCGAUAGGAGCAUCGCUGCUGUUGCCACCUUUAAGAGAGAGGAUGGAGUUGCUACACUCACUGUUGCCCCAGGGGCCAGAUAGUUGGGAGACACUCACUAGGGGACAGAGGAUGCAGCUCGGUAUUAUACUGACAAGCCUCCAAGACAAUCAGCAAAUUGCUUCUGUUUUGGGAUUUUCUACUGCUCUAGACACCAAGAAUAUCACAGAGAAAGUUUCUGAGUCUGCCACUUCGGAUCUGCAGUUAGCUGAGGUUCUCAUGAAAACUAUCCUCAGAAACCUAGCUUCUCAUACUGAGAAGACCUUGAAUGAGCUAGCCAAGAACAGUGACAAGAAGAGCAGUGACGGCAGCCCCGACCGAGCCCCUCCAUCUCACCUACACAGCUUACUCUCCUCCCUACACAAGCACCUGCUGGCAUUCUGCUUCAGCAAGGCAGCCGAGGGAAGCCUGAUUGUGCCUGUGGUGAACCUGCUGCACCACCACCUGUCUCUACUCCUGCCUGUGUGUGGGGAGAUCCUGUCUCAGGCUACACAGGCACUGCAGCAGGGGCAGGGAAAUGAACACUUCUCCACUCAAGUUGAAGAGCUGCUGUUGGCUUCCCCUGCUGGUGGAAUGUUGACUCACAUUCUCCACUCACUGCUGGUGCUACCCAUGGACAUGAUGGUGCCCGUCCUCCAUGAGAUACUCUCUCUGCUACCCUGUCUGGACAAGCUCAGUAAGAUCCUCCCUGGGACACAGAGGCUGGAGGACAUUGAACUGGAGUUCAACAGAAGUGGGAGCACCUCAGGAGGAGAGAGUGAGAUUCACUGGUGCUGGGUAGUGGACAUGGAGCGAACAUGUGCCCUGGUUGUUGGUCAUUGUAUCGGUGGUAUGCUACUCGGAGCACCUGUUUCCCAGUGUGAGACAGAGUCCUCAUACUGGCUUGAGAGCAGACUCUUCAGUAAUGGGCUGGAAAUGUCUCAGGUGGAUCUAGAGAAAAUAUCAAAUGCAAUCCAAGAAAGUGUGUUCGAAUGUAGAACAAACAGAGUCCAGCCCAACUUUGAUCUGAAUUUAGACACAGUUACCUCCCUGCUUCUUGACCUUAGCCUUGGAAAUCAGACAGAGCCUGUUCAACAUGUGUGGAGCAUGAUGGUGGACUAUGCAGAGUAUCAGGAUUUUGAUACCUGUGAAUUGAACAAUGAGCCGUUGUUGGACACAGUCAGCAGGUUCUACCUGGCAGCACUCCUGAAGCACACAAACCAAGCCAAAGCUGCAUUUGAAUUGGAAAGUCCUUCCAAACAGCUGACUGGGCUGUAUCAGCUUGUGUACCGACUUCGAAGCAAGCUGGUGUCAUUCAAGUUGCCACGAGGGAGCACCCCUCGGCCUGUGAGGGAGGAAGUCUGGCGGGGGGAAAGGGAUGAUGACAAGCCAGAGAGAUCAGUAACAGAGGAGAUCAUUGAGUCAAGUCUCACACAGAUUGGGGAGGAAAUCUCAGAUAACUAUGAAUCUGACCCAGAGAGAAAUGAUAGUGAAGGCCGAUCAGAGGAUGAGGACAGUCAGAGCUGUCGAAGCAAACAGUCCUCAACACCGAUAACGUAUGAAGAUGUUUGCCUCACAGUAUUACAGAAGUGUGUGUUCCUGCUGUUGGGAGUGAGGUCCUUUUCAGAUGAGUCCGACCACCUGACUCAGUCACAGCCACAGUCAGUAGCUGCAAGACAGGAGAGUCUGGAAGAAAUAUCAGACAGUGCAUCAGAAAAGAAUACCUUGCAGUCCCCUGGGCGUCGAGUGACUAGAAGAGGAAGCUUCCCAGAGAUUGCCUCUAGUGAGACUCAGGAGGAGCUAUCAAUGAGAGUACGAGACAGAGAUGGAACAGCAACACCCAACUUCAACACAACCAAAAGCAGGAAUGUAGGAUCUCUGCAGAAAGUCAAGGAGACACUGAGGCGUAUGCGAUGGCGGCGGGAGAGACUCGAGGACUUGAAAUCAUCUGGUCAUCAUCUCACUGGUCUCUCUCUACACCGAGACAUCACAGAAGAGAUUGGCAAGUUUGUGUGUGGAGAGGAGUUAGCAUCUUCUGCCAAUAAGCAGGAAACAGAACCAGCAGCUCUCAGUGUCAGUAUCUCAGUGUUGGGGCAGGCUAUGGAUCUUCAACAGAACAGAGCUGAAUCUCGGCUGUACGCACUGAACCAGGUUGUAGAGUUACUAUCUACUGGGAAGGAGAAGUAUGAGAACCUCACCUCGGACAGUUCCUCCACCACCACUCUCCUCAACUCAGCCCAUCUGCAGCUGCUGGCUGGCUGCUUCGGCCUCCUCGUCCUGCCAGCCGAGGGUCUGAACACCAGCACUCAACUCUACCACUACCAGGAUGGUAUUAAAGUAGCCCGCUCACAGACACAGCAGGAGAUACAGUUGGCUGUCCAUCGGAUCUAUGAAGCUCUUGUAGCAUCUCUCAUAGACACAUACAAGUCAGAGGUUUUAGGGGAGGCCACCAAGAACCAUCUACUCCUGUCCACUAUUCUGGCCCUCAGUGUCAAGUACAAGCCUGUGGAUGUGUCACUAGCUGUGUCAUGUGGCCUGCUGCCAAUGUUGUUCCAGCUGUGUCAGAACUCUGUGUCCCUCCCCAACACUCUUCCACCAUUACAGCGGUGCCUGGAGGCCACUCACCUGGGAGCCAUACUGCAGGUGUCAAGUCUCAGGCUGCUACAGAUCAUAGCUGUCACCACAGGUACCUAUGCUGACCGACUGAGUGUAGGGGUGAUUCAGGCCAUCAUAGAGCUCCUGUGGAAGCACCUGCAGAAACUGCUCUACAUAGCUUGCCCCGACCUGGACACAGGGGAUGGUUGUGCUGCAGAUGAUAGUGAGAAUGAGGCAACAUCAUCCCAGACUGCUGUAGGAGACUUCCUGGUGUUUCUGAGACGUGUUGCAGUCUCCAAGCCCAUCCAGCAGAGACUUGCCUACACCCGAUGGGUGGAUGCUCUGCUGAACAUAGCUAGUGGGACAGAUGACAGAGGAAUGCCAUACUUCAGCAAUCUAAGGACACGCCUCCUUGCUCUCAUCCUGCUGGAGGCUGUGUUGCCAGCCACAGGUGGGGUGGACACAGAAUACAAGGACAAGGUUGUGGGGCAGCUGUUUGACAGUCUGUCCAAGAAUAUGUGGCUGAUACCAGUAGCAGAAGCCAUGCAGAAGGCACAAGACAGGAAAAUGAACCUUUUAAGAAAAAUAGAAGCCUUAGAAAACUCUGGUGAAGUGUCCGGUGCCACCAACAUUGUAGACUCUAUAAUGAUGCAGGGAGCAUGCUUUGACCCCGAGAAAUGUUUGAACAGCAGCGUGGAGGCAGGACAUACCCUGGUACAUGGAACAGGAGGCAGGGGGUUCGGUAUUGGUAGCACAGCUGUCACGUCUGGCUGCUAUCAGUGGAAGUUUCUGAUAGUGAAAGAGAACCGGUGUAAUGAAGGUACUUGUGUGGGUGUGUCCAAGUGGCCAGUGCGCGACCAUGGUCACCGUACAACAUCGGACAUGUGGCUGUACAGGGCAUACAGUGGCAACCUCUACCACAAUGGGGAACAAACACUGACACUACCUAACUUCAGCCAGGGAGAUUACAUCACUGUCAUUCUGGACAUGGAUGCAAGGACACUUGCAUUUGGCAAAAAUGGAGAUGACCCUAGAAUUGCCUUUGAAGACUUGGAUGCUGCAGAGCUUUAUCCUUGUGUGACCUUCUACAGCAGCAACCCGGGCGAAAAGGUGAAGAUAACCGACAUGCAGCUACGAAGCACCCCCAGGGACCUGCUGCCUGGGGACCCCCACUGUGCCCCCACUGUUGGGGUGAUGGUAGAGGCAGGUAUCACAUUGAUCAGACACCUGCACACAGUAGACUCGUGGACCUCACAUGUCAACAACAAGGUAUACAAUGUGCUGGCUAGGAUACAUAGCAAUCAGAUGGCUACCACAGACACACUGGAGGAAGAAAGACAACCAGAGGAACAAGCAGGAGCUGAAUCCCUCGAGUUUCCAGAGAGUGCACCGGAUAAAGUCCACCCACACCACAUGCUUGCAGACCAGGUCUCGGAGUUUAUGCAUGAGGGUAACCUGGACUGGUUGUGCCAAGAGGUGUGGCCCUGCAUGGUUGUUAUUGGUGGGACAGAUCGAGGUCUGAGAGUGGGAGGCCGGUGCCUGCACAGACUCACUGGGAAGAAGGGGACGGUGCUUGGUCUGGCCCGAGAAGGAGCUGUAACAGCCAAGGUGCAGUGGGAUGAAGGCGAUACAACUGUGGGUGACACAUCUCUAAGCAACCUGGAAGCUGUAGAAAGUAUCCCAUUUGCUAUUACCAAAUUGAGCGGUAUUGGAGCCCACCACCUAGAAGCCAUAAUGGAGAUGACCUUCCUGUUGACUGAGAAAGCACCAUCAGAUGUUGCUGUAUCCCCGACAUCACCCAACACUGGGGACAAAGACAAGUCAGCCCCUGAACCUGAGGCCAAGGAAAAUGAAGAUGCCCUCAUGAAGGAGCUAGAUGCAGACAUAGCCCGCAUCCUGGAUGAGGAAGAAGCUAAAACUGUGGACUUUGAUCACAAUGCUGACAAGAAGGCCUCUACUGAAUCUGAUGAAGAGCCUGCACCAAGAGGAGACAAUGUUCUAAGUGUGGAGCCUUCACUGGGAGUUCGUGACUCCUCAGAGGACAUUGCUGAGGUAACAGAUAGUUCAGGAGAUCAGUGGUUCGAGGCUGAGAGUGAUACUGUUGCCAGAUCAGAAGAAAAUGUUACAAAUGCUGUCACUGAGUCUGGAGGAGCACAGAGGGAGGCUGAUGCAGAGGUAUCGAACAAUGCUGCAGACCCAGUAGAUGAGGAAACAGAACAACCUGAUGUCAUGACAACCACACAGUGUUCAAAUAUGACUGUCAGUGACUCAAGUACUCUUAAAUACUCAACAGAUGAAAAGGAACUGAAAUCUGUGAAGUACGCUGCAAUACAACUGUCAGCACUGAAGGCUCUUUCUGUGAUUAUCUGCAACAAUAAGUUCACAGAGAUGUUACUAGUGCCAAAAGAGAAGGUCAGAUUGGAUGCCACCAAAGGAUUACUGGAGGGUAUCAUUCCACAGAAGGAUGAAAAACUGAAGAGUGUUCUAAGAAGUAUUUUGAAGCUGAUGGUGCAGAGAGCAACAAUGCCAUCUCCAUUCCGGAGAGUUGUGUCUCUCAGUGAGCUGGAACGAACUCUGAGUGUCUUGCAUAAAUCCAUGGUCACAGUUCAGGCAGAUGAGAAGCUGGGUCUACAGGAAUAUGAAGACAAGCUGGAGGAGAGACUGGUGAGUGAAGGUGUGAAGCCAGAUCACAGCACUCCAACACAUACUGUCCAAACUACAUCAGACAGUACCAACUCUCCAGCAGUUGGGGAGGCCAACAAGCCUCAAAACUCUUCACAACAAACCUCCAUUCUGCAAUACAUGAGGACAAGUUCAAGUGCUGAAGACAUGGUUGGAUUCACAAGAAGGAUGUUCCAUGCAUUACGACCACGCAUAUCACUGGGGGUGCCUCUACAGCCCCGCAGGAAUCCCCCUCCUCCUCCAAUCCGAUCUCGCUCUCCAUCUCCACCCCCACCUGCUAUAGUGACACACCUCAUGGAGAUGGGAUUUUCCCUGCCACAUAUCAAGCAGGCUCUGGCAGCAACUGGCAUCAGUGGUAGAGAAGUCACAGCAAGAUCCAUCAACAGUCUGGCCACCUGGAUGCUGGAAAACCCAUCUGAGCUGUCCGCCAUCAGUAGUAGAGAUACACUAAGACCCUCAGCCACAUCUUUGUCAGAUGAUACAGACAUGGUGGCUGACUCAACAAGGGAUGUCAGUGCAGACACAUCAUCCUUCCAAGAUGGCUCCCUAAGUGAUGAAUCAUCAGAUGAGCAGUUUGAGUUGCCUCAGCCAAGAAUCAGUCGGAGACCUCGGCGUCUCACUCGUAGUCGGCACAUUGACAUCAGGAGCUUCCUCACGGCUGGUCGUGAACGUCGUGAUGAGAGACCAGAGAGACGUCAUGAGGUUGGAGAAGCACGGCCACUGUAUGACCCUUUUGAUGACUUUGACUUGCAAGAUGAGAUGUACAAUGAAGAAGGGCUGGAGGAUGUGUUUACGCUUGACCCAAGCAGAGAAGUGACAGAGAGGCGUGACACAGAGCCAGGGAGAAUGUUGACUUGUGAACUGUGUAAUCAGGAGACUGGAGUCAUGUCACGCCACCUCAGACUGUGCCAUCCUGGAUGUGGAAGAAUCAGCCGUGGCCAUGGCUAUGAUGGUACAGGACGGUAUGAGCAAGUCGGCUAUGGGGGUAUCUGUGGGUCAGGGCAUCCCCACUACUUACUGUGUCGGGACUGUCGAGACCGUUACCUGCUGCAGAGGAAGCACAGCACCAGCAUAGUUCCAGAGUCUGUGACAGAGGGCAACACUGACAAGUCGGCACCAGAUCUGCUGGGAGCCACAGAUGGAGGACUGGAUGAUGAACUAGCAUUUCUAUCUGAGGACAGCGGUAUCAACAUCAGUGCUGACAGCUAUCAGAAGCUGCUACCUCGUCUUGGCUUGAGUGAUCGCAAGUCUAUUCCUGAAGCUGUCCGAUUCCUAGAGCCUGAUGCUCUUGGGGCAAAAUCUGUCUCUAACAGUACUUCAGAAGUAACAACAGAAUCUCUUAGUAGCUUCUACAAAUCAAGUAAGCUCGAUCCCAAACAGAAAUCUCUUGGUGAACAGGCCACAUGUCUUCAGAGUAGUGCUGAUCGUCUGUUGGCCCUGAGGAGGACCACUGCAGCCACACAGGUGUUGUUGGCUCGAACCAUGGUCAUGAAGGUUCUGACUCUGCUGGCACAGAGUGGCAGCUCAUGUUGCCUUUCAGCUGCAUUAGAUCACAUUGGCCUGGCUGACAUCAUGCAGAUUGUGAGACUGAUGUCCCUGUGUGCUGCAGGGAAGAUAGAGAUGUCCCAUACCCAGCAACGUGAUCAGUCCGAGUACCUGCGCUAUCUCACAACCGCCAUUGGGGCUCUUGUUCAGGAGAGUCCUGUCUCACUUCAGCAGCUCAUCUCCCUCUGUACACAGGAAUUGAUGCUGGCAGCCAUGGGCCUUAGUACAAGUAGCAUGGAGGAUACCACCAGCUCCAGACACUCGCCACACAAAGUGCCAGACUCUCCAACAUUUGCAGUUACCCAGGCUCUUGUGUCCCUGCUAGCUCAGAAGGGAUGGAGUCAGAAGCUUAUCCAAGCUCAACUCUCUCUGGACAAAGAUACCCCCAGUGAGAGUGCAUCAUCAGAUGAAACAAAAUUCUCCCCGCUCCAACUCAUCAAUGCGCUCUCUGCAUGUGUGAUCUCUGCUCGGAUGCCCUCUCACCAUCGUCAGUGGUCAGCAUACCAGCUUGUACAGGCCCUGUCUGCUCAGGGCCAAAGUGUCCCCUACAUGUCUGAGAACCAAGUGGAUCUAGUGGGAGACCUGCCUCCCUGCCCUGUGUCCAAACUUGAGGCUCAUCAGAAUAGACUGUCUGGAUGUUCCUGGAACUGCAAGAAAACGCUGCUUGCUUCAGGUGCAUAUGAUGGUACAGUGCGGGUGUGGAGUCUGCCCAACAAGACCCAUCAGUUCCUGCAGCAGACCUGCAUCUUCAACCAAGGAGAUGAUGUUUCAGUAGUAGACAGCCUGGACAACAGUCCCUUGUCUAAUGUUUGCUGGAGCAGCUCAGGGAAAAUGAUUGCAGCAUGUAUGGACAACAUGAUCAAUAUCUGGAUCAUUGGAGGUGGGAAAGGAUACCUGGACAUCCAGCCUCACUGGGUGACAGCUCUCACCUGGCCACAGUCUAAAGGGAUGUUUGAUGGCCAGCUAGGACUGUCCACAGAUGUUUUGUUAGUGGGACGACUUGAUGGCUCACUGGCCAGCAUACAGACCCUGGACAGCUCUACCUACCGAAGACAGGAGCUGGAACACUGCUACAGGAGGAAUGUAUCGGUGACUCAAAUAGCAUGGUUCAAUGACGAUCGGAGGUUUGCAGUGGGCUACAGUGAUGGAAUGGUGUCUUUAUGUAGUCAGGCCGAAUUUGAACAGCCACUCAAUACUGAAGCACAUCAGAAUUCUGUGCUUGUGAUGAAGUGGGACCCAACAGGCCAUGUGCUGGUGACAUGUGCAGUGAAUGAACGCAACAUGAAGGUGUGGAAGACGAGUGGUGAAGGGUUGACCUGUAUAUGGAGUCUCACCCACCCCUCUUCUCUCUGCUCCAUAGAGUGGUGUUCUACCCUGGGGUCUGGAGACAACAAGAGGCUACUCAUAGCAGGUGGGUGUGAGGAUGGAGGUGUGUAUCUGUGGGAAAUCCCUCAGCCAUCCAACGUGGAGGUCCACAUCUCACCCUUCGCAGUCAAACAUCACUCAACAGACAGGAAUGAGUUUUCAUCCAGUUCAAGUGACAGCAGGGAGGAAAGCCAGGGCACACAGCCUCACUCCCCCCUGACUCCCUGCCAGAUGCUGAUGGGGCACCUCACAGGGGUGACCGCCAUAGCCUUCAGCUCCAGUGGUCUCAUGAUAGCUAGUGGUUGUGGCAAGGGAUGGGUUAACAUCUGGUCUCUCCAGGAUGGCUGCUUGCUACAAACUCAGACUGGCAGUGGUAUGGUAAAGAGUAUCUCGUGGGUUGCCGAUCGCAGUCUCGCUGUGUGCUUCAGCAGAUCAAAGGAUAUAAGUAACAUCCACUACACCCCAGAGUUGUUCACCAAGAACCGUGUUGUUGCUGUGGCUCGUCGUGCUCUCAAACUGCGAGGAAUCACAGGAUUGCAUCAGGCACCAUGUUUCCGUGGAAUGCUCCAAAGACUACCAAGCAUGCUUCAGGAGCAGUACCUCCAUGAAAAGCCUGUGAUCCUGGCUGGUGACCAGCUCAUCCACAGCCUGUACCUCCAGUGUCUUGCCUCCCUUGCCGUCGGACUGUCCCUAGACAAGGCUUUGUGCUUCUCUCCACAGCCACUGCACCACUACACACAGGAAACAGCCCACAACAACCUAGUGUCAGAAUGGCAAUGGCUUCUCACCUAUUCCACCACUCUCAAAACAUCAGCUGCCCUUGCUAGCAGGAAGCCCAUCCCCGAAACCUUCAAAAUACUUAAAAGAGACUCUGAAGACUCCAAUUGUGUUGGUUAUGACAACACACUGUGGGACUUAAACAAGGACAGUCAGAUUAUGUCCUGGGUGACCCACCGUCCAGAAGACUGGCAAGUAGGAGGGCGAUGUGAGGUUUUCACCUGGGGCAGUGGGAGACAUGGACAGAUGUGUGAGGGAGGGAGAUCUUGUCUCGCCCCAGUAAAAGUGCCAUCUUUCUCAUGUGCUCAGCAAAUUGUUUGUGGUCAGAACUGCACAUUUGCUAUCCAGGCCAACGGGACAGUGCUAGCAUGUGGGGAGGGGAGUUACGGUCGCCUGGGACAGGGCAACUCUGAUGACACCCACACACUCACCAUCAUCUCAGCCUUGCAGGGCUUUGUGAGCAUGCUGCUGGCAUCGUCAGUUGGCUCCGAUGGUCACAGUCUGGCCCUCACAGAGAGUGGGGAGGUGUUCAGUUGGGGUGAUGGUGACUAUGGUAAACUGGGCCAUGGUAACAGUGACAGACAGAAGAGGCCACGACAGAUAGAAGCCCUUCAGGCUGAGGAGGUGGUGCAGAUAGCCUGUGGGUUCAAGCACAGUGCAGUAGUGACAGCAGAUGGUAAGCUGUUCACGUUUGGUAAUGGUGAUUAUGGGAGACUUGGACAUGGAUCUACUUCCAACAAGAAACUCCCAGAGAGGGUCAUAGCCUUAGAGGGACACCACGUAGGCUUUGUUGCAUGUGGACUGAAUCACACUCUGUGUGUGUCUGUUGACGGUAUGUCAGUGUGGUCUUUCGGUGAUGGGGAUUACGGCAAACUAGGUCUAGGCAACACGCUGUCCAAGUCUCUCCCCACCAAGAUAGAAGCCCUGGACAGUGUCAAUGUGAAGAAGGUGGCUUGUGGAGCACAGUUUUCCAUGGCUCUCACUAAGAAUGGAACAGUCUUCACUUGGGGCCAAGAUCGAUUGAUAGGACAGAGUGAUGCAAGGUGCAGAAACCACACCAUACCUAUGUGUGUGAGUGCUUUGUGUGGUCACUUUGUGACGGACAUUCAGACUGGCUCUGACCACACCAUUGCCCUCACCUCUAAGGGUGAAGUGUGGGUAUGGGGGAAUAACUCUGAUGGGCAGCUUGGUCUUGGACACACCAACUCCAUUAGAGAACCACAGCAGAUAACUGGACUAGCAACCAAGAACAUCAGACAGAUUUCAGCAGGUCGAACUCACAGUGCAGCAUGGACUGCCCCUCCCCCUCCCAAGCGUAUUCCUGGUGCCCCUGCCCCUCUCCAGCUUGGCACUCCAGAGUCCGUCCCUCCACAGUAUGGAUCCCUGAAAGAGAUGUCAAUUGAAGCCAUCAAGUCUCGUCUUCUGGUGCUACACAGAUUCUCAGACCUUGUCUACUCUUCCUGGAAACUCCAUAAUCUCUGUCCCAGACAGGAAUUAAACAGUUUUGAUGCUGGUAUUUCUGGCAUCAUGGAUGGCCGACUUCGCCCAAUUUUGUCACCUCGUGUGUACACACUGCCCAUGGUGAGAUCUAUAGGCAAGACGAUGUCUCUCGGCAACACAUGCAGGCCUCAGAUAACAGUGAAGAGACUCUCAACAAGGGGGAAGAAGUGUCGUCCCGUGUAUGUGCAGAUUGCCCAGCAGGUUGUGAAGCUGCGUCCUGAGGAACUGCGACUGCCAGCUCAUGCCUGGAAGGUGAAGCUGAUAGGAGAAGGUGCAGAUGAUGCUGGGGGUGUGUUCGAUGACACUAUCACAGAAAUGUGCAUGGAGUUGGAGUCUGGAGUUGUUCCACUACUGAUCCCUACACCAAAUGCCAGGAAUGAGUCCGGAAACAACAGAGACAGAUUCCUGCUGAACCCUUCCUUGACAUCGGAGGAGAACAUGGUCCUGUUCCGCUUCCUGGGUAUCUUGUUUGGAGUGGCAGUACGAACCAAGAAGCCCCUCGACCUCCACUUGGCCCCAUGUGUGUGGAAGCUCAUUGCUGGCAUGCCACUUAAGGUGGAGGACAUGGAAGAGGUGGACCACUUGUACAUCCAGAGUCUGCGGGGCAUCCAGGAUAUCCAGGAGAAUGGUGUUAAUGAAACCAACUUCCAUGAGUUCAUCCCUAUUGACUGCUUUGAGGGUCAGAGUUGUGAUCAAAGAAUGGUUGCCGUUGUGACUGGAGGCUUCAACAUCCCCCUCCACUUCCACAACCGCAAGGAAUAUGUGGAGCGUGUUCUGCAGCACAGGCUCCAUGAGAUGGACAAACAAGCUGCAGCCAUAAGAGAAGGGAUGUCAUGGAUCAUCCCAGUCCCACUGAUAUCUCUCCUGACAGCUCAGACACUCGAACAGUUUGUGUGCGGGACUGCAGAGGUGUCUAUUGAUGUACUGCGCAAAGUCGUCAGGUAUAGAGGAAUAGAUGAGUGCCACAUUAUCAUUCAAUGGUUCUGGGAUGUUCUUGAGGCCUUCACCAAUGAAGAGAGGAUCCAGUUUCUCCGCUUUAUAUCUGGACGAAGUCGUCUUCCAACAAACCCUGCUGACAUUACACAGCGCUUCCAGAUUAUGACCUCGGAUAGGGGAGUAGACAGCCUGCCCACUUCACAGACAUGUUUCUUCCAGCUGCGGCUCCCUGUGUACAGCAGCCAAGAGAUGCUAGCAGAGAAACUCCGCUAUGCCAUCAACAACUGCCGCUCCAUCGAUAUGGACAACUACAUGUUGGCUCGCAACAUUGACACUGGACCUGGAUCUGAUGAAGAUGUUGCUUGAUGCUAUUGUGAUGUCCUGUUGAAGCUGUCACAUAAGUGAAAUGAACUUUGGUUUAGAAACUUCAGAAUGAACAUGAAACAGUAGAGUAUGUUCUCAUGAAAUGCUCAGAAACAGACAUUUCGCACCAGGUUUGAGCACAGCUAUAGCACUAGAUAUAUUUAUGUCGAUUUCUUGGUGUAUGUCCAAUCAAAGACCUGUUAGAGUGCUCAUUACAAUUCUUAUAUACAAGAGAUUGUAUGAAGAUGUUUACCAGUAUUAGUUGUGUGUUUUUUUGAGACUGACAAUUA